GGUAGUUCAAGGCAGGCUAGGCUACGGUUGUACGCUGGAUACAGUGUAGACAUUGUGCUAGGAGUCCUCUCUCCAUAGUCACCACGUUUUGAGCAGUCCGCGAUGCCAGGAUUUGACAGUCUUUGCGAUGACGUCUUGCUUGUGCUACCGGAGCACGAUCGCGCGCAGCUGCAGGGUCAUACUACUCAGCAGGCUCGUGCUUGGCUAGCCGCCAAGACGCGCGACGUGCAACGCUACCUGUCGGACCUACAAACUGCCUACAACUCGACGCUCACCGUGAAUGCGCUACCGAACGAGAUAUUCGUCGAGAUCCUGCGGCUCGCCUCCGCGUCAGAUCAUCGCAACGCAUGGACAGCCAAGAGCAUGGGUGUAUGUCGCUACUGGAGAGACGUUAUCGAGGAUACGCCCAUACUCUGGACCACCAUCGAUCUAUCGGCGAGACUACAGUUCUUAGAGCUCUGCCUCAUGCGGUCAAAUGGGGUCGGGCUUAGCAUCUAUCUCCCAAAGGAUGCCCGAAUGCGGAGGAGGGCUCGCAAGCAGGCCAGGAUCGAUUUCUCCACGGUGGCACCCCUUCUAGUCGCACACUAUCCACGAAUGAGGAGUAUCGAUCUCCACAUUGACGAGAAAAACAGCAUGCAGAGUGAAUUACUCUGGCGGCUGCUGGACGCCCCACUACCCGCUCUGGUCUCCUUGGCACUGGUUAACGACGGUUCGCUGCGAUGGAUGCCGAAACCCUUCCCAGGUCUCCGAAGUCUGUCAUUGACCUCGAUCACCGUGCCCGACUGGUCGAGACUGCCAAUCUCGCAGCUGACUUCUAUAUGGCUUUGCGCCGUUGACUUUCCCAAAGAUGGAUGCUUUGCAUCCCUUCUGGAACUACUGAAAGCGUGCAUCUCUCUAGAGUGCUUCGGAUACGAUGGCCUUGAACUCGAACACCUCAAUGGAUUGGAACCCCGCUGCACCCUGCAAUUGCCGCGGUUGCUGCGCUUUCACCUCUCGGGAACGCAGGCAGCCAUUUUGAGCUUGCUCGCGCAGGUCUCCCUGCCACAGCACGCAUGUGUGUCCCUCUGUCCAGGCGCGAGCGACUCAUGGGAACCACGUAGAGGGGUGCUCGAUACUUUCCUGCCCAGGGAUAUGACUCAGUGUCUGCCUGCUCUCUGCGAGGCACGGCACGUCUUGGCGUGGCUGGAAACAGACGAGGAGGAUCCCGACGUUGAGCUCACCAUCUACGCAGAUGUGGAACGCACGGAAUUCUGGGAAUCGCGGCGCUGGAGGGAUCCUAAUUUCCACGUGCGGUUGAACGUCUGGUCCCGACCCAGAGAUCCUUCAAUGCCGUCCUUAUACAUAGCACACGUAGCGUCAGAUUGGUUGGAACUAGAGCAAGGAUUUGAGGCAGGGCUUUCAUACAUUACACGCGACCUUUGCCGCUUCUUACCCGCAUCCGUGGAGACCCUCAUACUGCGCGGGAUCACGAAUCGCGUCGACGUGAAGACCUGGACGCGCAUGAUGUCUUGCUUUCCGAAUAUCAAGCAACUCGAAAUCAUGGGACAGUCCUGCGACAUACUCUGUUUCCCUCGUGCACUACGACCGACUCGGUCUAGGAUACCCUGCAGACACCUGCGCGAGUUGGUCCUGCGGUAUCGGCCGAGGAAACAAGGCGGGAGCCUGGAGAUGCUAGAGGAGCUUCGCGUAGCGCUGGAAAAACGCAUGAAGGAUGGCUCACGCCUAGAAUCCCUCACCCUACUAGUUCAAUCCACGAAAAGCGAUAAACGUUUCCCGCCCAAGUUCGUUGUCGAUCAAUUACCGGUGGACGUCCAAGAGCGGCUGCUCGAUCUGAAACCCAUGGCAGGGUCAAUGGUGGUUCGGUGGAUUGCAUGCCAUGAUGACGAGCACCAGUAUGACUACAACAAUGAUGACUACGACGGUCCAGAGGACGAGGAUGAGGACGAGGAGGGAGACGACUGCGACGAUGGUGAGGAAGAAGAACAAGUAGGGGAGCACCUACUAAGGUUCGAUCUGAUGACACAACGCAUCUGACUUAUGCCACUGUAGUACUAGCCUGAGGCCUGAGGCUCGAUAUUUGUGACACUGCUCGUAAUAAUGAGAACUGCCACCGCCGUAUGAAUGUCUAUACACUGGCAUGUAUCAUACCUGGAAUGUACUACUUACGCGCUGCUUAGCGCUCAGUUAC